AUGCUGCAUGCGCUGGCGAUGGCGACGGCUCGUUGUUCCCAGCCUGGCGUGCGAGGCGUGACGCUGCUGGCGCUGUGGAAGAACUUCAGCUGGCUCGAUGGCUGGGGCCGAUUAGGUGCGGAGCAUGAAGCGUCGCUGGAGGCGUUGAAGGUUCGAAUCCAACGCUUGGAGAAGGACCACCAGGAGGAAGUGGACGACUUGCGGCUGGAGAUAUCCAAGUUGAGGGCUGCCAUUGCGGCGCAACCUCCACAGCCGCCAGUGGCUGCUGCAGCUCUUGCAGACAAGGCGUCUUCGCAAGCCACUGAGCUGCCCGAUGAGCUUAAGCCCACAACAGCGACGCCAGAGAAGGUGGGACACCUGACGAAGAAUACGCCCAGCCUUUGCAACAUCUUCGUCAUGUGGAAUUAUCCCAGUGGGCCGCCGCUGUUCAUAUCCAAGAACCUGGAGUCGUGGAUCCACUACUCAAACAGACGCUGCCAUUUCCCCUGGAUGAUCAACGACACGAACAUCCGAGCCUUCAUCCCGGAUCUGCCCCUGGAGUUUGAGCGCAUGCCCUACGAUGCUGCCAAAUCAGAUAUUGUCCGGUACGCCCUGCUGUAUCACCACGGGGGAAUGUACCUGGACACGGACUUCUUGGUGGCAAAGGACCUAUCGCCCAUCUUGGACAGGAUCGAGGAUCAUGACCUCAUCUCCUACACGACCUCUGGACAAGCCUGCCGCAGAGGAAGCUUCAGCUCCAACUUCAUUGCUGGCCGCAAGGGCAGCUCCCUGUACAAAGAGGUCUGGGAGGCUCAGAAGCAUGCCAUGACUAGCCAUUGUGAUGACCGUGUCAAGGCCAACGACAAGAAGGUAUGCUGUGCAGAUGAUGUGACACGCCAGUGCCAUAUUCCUUGGGCUGGCAUUGGGGAGGGUAUCUCACACCCAGUGCUGAAGGGAAUGCUGGCAAGAAACGCUCCGCUGAAGAUUCAUUGCUUUGAAGGCGACGAGAGCUUCGUGCCUGGAUCUUUUCAGAACAUCAUUGAGAAGAGCCCAUCCUUGCCGAGCGCAUUGCAAGCAUUUCAGCGUGGUGGGGUCAAGAACCCAACAGACCGCAUCAUGUACCACCUCUUCGCUUCGUUGGGGUUUGGUGGCAGAUACGAUGGGGCUGCGCUCUUCGAUUCUGCCACUUUCGUGGGAACUUUGUACCGCAAGAGUGUGGGAAGCUUCACAGAGAUUCCCAGGGAUCCUCUGGAAGAUGGGCCGGGGACAAUCUGCGCCAGCGAUGGAAGCCCUUGCAGAUGCAAAGGCAGAGCUUGGUGCUCAGCCUGUUUGGGGGCUCUAGUCCCCCUUGAGCAGAUUGCUUAA